AUGUUAGAAUCUCCAACACACACCACUGUGGUCAACAUGCCUUCCGCCGAUAUCAAAUCAAACAUUGAGCAUCGUCAAGACAAGCCAGUUUUAGGCCAAGACUUUGCCGAUACCAACAGCAGCCCCAUACCCCUCUCCUCUGAAGAAGAAGAAGAAGAAGAAACACCUAGUACGCCUCCUUUAUCGUCCUCCAACAUCAACAACGAAAACAUUCAGAUCAACAGCGACGAGGAGAGUGUUGACAUAAGUAAAAGACCAUCAGCUUAUGUCACCGAGGGCAAAAUUCACAAUUCUGUCAAAUUAGACGACACAGUUACAGAGGGAAGACCAAGCAUAUAUCUGUUCAUCUUUGUAAAUCCCUUGAGUGGUGACCGAAAGGGCCAUGAUCUGGUCACUUUACCUAUUCAACACUUCCGUCUCCGCAAGUUUCCUCAAGUGCAAGUCGAAAUCCACAACAUUUUAGAUGAUGAAGAUCGUAUGAACGGUGUAAAGAACAUACAAUUGGUAGAGGCAAAGCUGAAUUUCGGUCAAUUGCCUCCUAUUCAGCAAGAAACUACCUCUGAAAAUGACAGCAACGCUUCCUCCAAGUCCACUGAAGAGAAGGGCGUCUUGUCGGAUGCUGUUCAAACGAGACAAAUCCAUGUUUGGAGUGCUGGUGGCGAUGGCACUGUGAUGAGUGUGUUUGAACUUUUGGUAACACACAAGAUUAAUCUAGAUCUUGUAUUCUUCUCUUGCAUUCCCUUUGGUACGGGUAAUGAUUUCAGUCAAGUUUUAGGUUGGGGUCGCACAAUUCCUGAUAAGAAUAUCCUUGGAUCAAAAUUGCAAAAUCUUCAAGAACUGAUUACUGAUAGAUUGGAGAAAUCUGAAGCAGCUCGUUUGGAUAUCUGGCAAAUUAGAAUGACGUCCUAUCCCUCUGGCUAUGUCCGCGAAGCUGGUCCCAAAGAAAGAAAGGACGGACAUGACGUAGCUGAAGUCAAGGAGCCCAUGACUGAAAACAACCACGAAAUGAUUCGCAAAAUGAGUAAUUACAUGUCCAUUGGCGUGCAAGGCUUUGUGGGUAGUGGAUUUGAAGCACAUAGAGCAGGCAACAGACUUGCCAACAAGCUUGUAUACACGCACGAAAGUUCUAAAUGGGUCUUUUGGAGAAGAUUUCCUGAUUUGACUCGAUUCAUUAAAAGUUUCAAUCAGAAUGGACAAGACGUUCUCUAUUGGCCCACUCCAGAAGAAAAGCAAGACAAAAACAGAACACCAUCGAAGCUGCCAGAAAUCAGCAAAGAUCCCAUUGAUUUAGUCAUUCAAAAUAUUCCACACAUCUGGGGCAGAGAAGUAGACUUGUGGGGAGAAGCCAAAAAGGGUCUCGAAGUUGUAACUGACCGUACUGGCCCUUGUGAUCCUAAAAACUGGAAACCUCAACGUGCCAACGACGGCAGACUUGAAGUCAUGAGUCUUGAAAAUAUGACAAGUUACCUAAAAAAGCUUGCCAACUUCCGUGAUCAUGUUUCCCGUAUUGGUCAAUUUGAUUCCCCAUUUGAAAUCGUGUUUCGCGAACCUGAGCAUCACAUGAAAGAGGUGGAUAAAGUCAACGGUGGCUCUGCUUGGGUCAAGGCAAAGGCAAUGAUGAAGGACAAGACUAGACACAAGUUUGAAAAGAAGAAUAUCAUGUGCAUCAUGUGUGAUGGCGAAUUUUAUGAAAUCAAGGAUCCCAAGAGCAUUGGUUUCAAUCGCUUUGCUCAAAUUUGGACGCUGGGUAGAAACGAUGAGGAGAAUCAAGGUAGAUUGGUCAAAGAUGAACUUGAUGCGAAGGAUGAUGGCCACCUCGUGUCUCCUCUACCUUCUGCUGCUGAAGACAUUCAAAAUCAACAACAACAACAGCAUUAA